AUGAAGCUUCAUAAGUGGGGGUGCAACAGCGCGGUCCUAAAGAAAAUGCUGGAGGACAACGUAUCCGAAGAGAGAGUCCUUGGACAGCUGACGGGAGUGGUGAAAGUGCUGGAUAUAACCUGGGAGUCGAACGAAGACAAACUGUCUUUCACAACAGAACAGGUGGUCGAGUUUACAAGCCAACGCAGAAACACCAAGCGAUUCGUGCUCCAGACCACGGCGCGACUCUACGACCCACUCGGUUUCCUCUCUCCUUUCGUGACCCGAGCCAAGAUUUUGUUUCAAGAGAUCUGGAAGCGGAACCUGCGUUGGUAUGAUACACUGCCGGGUGAACUGAUGGGAGACUGGGAGAGUUGGUGCGACGAGCUCACCAAACUGGGUCAGAUCAGUGUGCCCAGGUACUACGACAGCGGACUGAGCAACAUGAUCAUACACAGAGCGUUGCAUGUGUUCUCGGACGCCAGCUCUUCCGCCUACGGAUCGAUUAUUUUUCUGUGUUCAACUGACGACAGCGGAACGAAGAAGGCGACAAUAUUGUUCGCUAAGUGCCGCGUCGCCCCCCUGAAGGAAAUUUCCUUGGCGAGACUGGAGCUCAUGGCAAGCUUGAUCGGAUCGAGACUACUGAAGUACGUCAAGACAUGCCUCAAAAUCCAGGUGGACGAAGUUCAUUUUUGGACGGACUCGAUGAUCACUUUGCACUGGAUAAGAGGAGAGGCCUCCAGAUGGAAAACGUUUGUCAAAAACCGAGUACUGGAGAUACAAGGAAACUCAGGGGACGCCAAGUGGCACCACUGCCCGGGUAAGGAAAAUCCCGCAGAUUUGAUGACCCGAGGGCUGAAAGCUGAUCGACUGCUUUCUGCUGCACUCUGGUGGACCGGACCAACUUGGUUACAGCUUCCAGCAACCGAAUGGCCCGAAGAAACUGUUGGGGUGCUUUCCCACGACAAGCUCGAGGAGAAAGCUUCGAAAGCUGUAGUCACGCUAGUGCCUGCAGACACGUCCGUGGAGUUCAUGGACAUCUCGAGAUUCAGUUCGGCUGCGAGACUGCACCGAACAACAGCCUGGGUGCUUCGCACAAACCGUUUGGAUAAAGAAGGCACAAAGCUCGACGUUUGCCUCCGAGAUUAG